AAACUGUUGCUGUUACAGUCUCAGUGCGGCUUCAGGUGCGUUGGAGGUUGUGAGUGAAUUUACAGCGUCCUAAAUCUUCUCGCGGGAGAAACACGUGCAGGUGUGCGCUGACAGAGAGCGUCAUGUUCAAACGUUCACGGUGAUUCGACCCAUGAUUCCACACCAGGUCGCCCCAUGCCAGCCCGUAACCAUGACGACCACUCGCCCCCGUGAGCACCUCCAUCAACUGGUGACCGUUUGACUGGAUGCGUAACCCCGCCUCCGGUGAUGACAUGCACAGGUUUGAGGUUCUUGGGAUUGUUGGGGAAGGAGCUUACGGUGUUGUCCUGAAGUGCAGACACAAGGAGACAAAUGAAAUCGUGGCCAUUAAAAAGUUCAAGGACAGUGAGGAAAAUGAGGAGGUGAAGGAGACGACCAUGCGGGAGCUGAAGAUGCUCCGUACGCUCAAGCAGGAAAACAUUGUAGAGCUGAAGGAGGCGUUUCGGCGGCGGGGGAAACUCUACCUCGUCUUUGAGUAUGUCGAGAAGAACAUGUUGGAGCUGCUGGAGGACAUGCCCAACGGCGCUCCACCUGACAAGGUUCGGAACUACAUCUAUCAGCUGAUCAAAGCCAUUCACUGGUGCCAUAAGAAUGACAUCGUCCACAGAGAUAUCAAGCCAGAGAAUCUCCUCAUCAGUUCUGAUGAUGUGCUCAAACUGUGUGACUUUGGUUUUGCUCGGAAUCUCUCAGAGAGCAUUGAUGCAAAUUACACUGAGUAUGUGGCGACCAGAUGGUACCGUUCACCAGAACUGCUGCUGGGGGCUCCGUACGGUAAAGCGGUGGACAUGUGGUCAGUCGGGUGUAUUCUGGGAGAGUUGAGUGACGGUCAGCCUUUAUUUCCGGGUGAGAGCGAGAUCGACCAGCUCUUCACUAUCCAGAAGGUUUUAGGACCACUGCCACCCGAACAGAUGAAACUAUUCUACAAUAAUCCACGAUUUCAUGGGCUACGGUUUCCCUCAGUAAGUCAUCCCCAGACUCUGGAGAGGAGAUAUCUUGGAAUCAUCAACCCUGUCUUGCUUGACCUCAUGAAGAACCUGUUAUUGUUAAAUCCAAAUGAACGCUUCCUGACGGAGGGGAGUCUGAAUCACCACGCCUUCCAGACCAAGCGCCUGACGGAGCGACCCAGCCCGCUUACACCCACACCCGUCCGCUCCUCCAAAAGAAAACCUCUUAUUGACAACAGCGCCCCCAGCAGGGGCCAUGGGGUAAAGAGUUCAGGUCACCAUCGCUCCAAUAGUCGCGACUGCUCCAGUCUGCCACGCCACGGUCACGAAGACCUUCAUCCGCCCAGCACGGAGGCAUUCUUGAAUGGGUCAGUACUGAGCGCCAACAGCCUGAGUCCAGUUAUUCAUCCCAAAUCCUUUCAACCACUCAACCGCUCUGCAUCAUGCAGUAAAGACCUGGCGACACUGCAACACGCUAAGGAGGCCAAAUCUAAAGUCAGCGACUUUGACUUUGGAAAGCCGACGGACGGCCCUGGGCCGAAAUACCUGAAAUCAAACACACCUCGUUCCCAAAACCGCCACUCAUUCGUGGAGGGAAAGACUAGUACGUUGACAGGUGACAAGGAGAAACACAGUCGUCACGGUUAUGGCGACUCAUCUGCGACUUCGUCCUCGGGCGGGAAGGGGUCAUCAUACCUGAGUAUGUCGAAAAGUCACGGCGUGCUCAAUGACAUGAAAUCCGUGAGCAACCUCAGCGACAUGCGCCUGCACCCAGAAGAAACUGGUGGAUCACCGCGAUACUUCCCCAGCAGUUGCCUAGACCUCAACAUGAACUUGAACUUGCCGAAUCCAGGCAGUCCAUCGCUAAAACACAGCGACCGAUCCGGCCUCAGUCCUGCCUUGGGGCGUCGCAGUAAACUGGAGCGUGACGGAAGUGCAGUGGAGUCAUCUGUUCGCCGAUCCUCGACGCGGCAAAAGAGCCAACAGCAAAAUGACGGUAAUGCGGCUGAUGGGCUUGACCCUGGAGGUGGAGGAGGCAUUUCUAUCUCAUCACCCCAUGAGAUACCCUACAUCGUGGGCUACACCAGCCCGUUCUCCUCCCAACAGCGGCCGCACAGGCAUUCUAUGUAUGUGAAGCGGGAACGGGGGCGACCCCAUGGGGGUGAGGGGGGUGGGUUAACAGUAGGACAGGGGAUGGCCACCAGGGCCAGCAGUCUACAGCUCUUGACACCUCAGUUGCAGCAUCGGACUUUGCCAAGACAACUGGGCAGCUCUGUUUCACGGGAUGCGGGAUUAGACGACAUCAGGAGCGACCCCACGGCCGCUGAGGUCAGCCACACUCAACCUUUAAUCCGGGAGUCCACACGGGACAACACAGCUGCCUUUCACACACCACGGCAAAAAAGCGAGGGAGGUGUGUAUCAUGAACAGCUUGUGGACGACAAUGGAUCAGCCAAAGAGAACCGCACGAUGUACAGCGAAUCUGUUCCACGCCGGGUCGGGAGCUUCUACAGAGUGCCGUCACCCAGACCUGAUAACUCCUUCCUAGAAGGUUCAGGGGUCACAAUGGACAGCAGCCACAACAUACACCAACAACCCUAUGACCCCUGGGCGGGGUCUGAGCCGCUGGACAUGGGUCCACCAGAACCGUCCAAAGAGAAGGAGAAACAUGGAUUCUUCAGAUCCAUGAAGAAAAAGAAAAAGAAGACACAAAUUACAGACGCUGGUGACGAGCGAGUUCCUGUCAUGAGGAAACCUCUUUUUCCUCUUUGUCUCUCUCAGAGGAGCUUCACGAGCAGCUCCUCUGAGAGAAGAUGCCCUCUAGUGGCCCCACCAAUGGUGGCGAGCGAAGGGCUGGAUCAGGCGUUGAUGCAUAAAUCAUUGCGGUCGCACAGUCAUCAAGGCAGCAGACAUCGAACGCGGAGCAGAGAUAGAGAACUCAGCCGAGACAGGGAGCAAGAUCGCGACCAAGAUCAGGACAGAGAACGCGACACGGACUGGCCCACCGAGAGAACACCUGACACUCACUCACAGCCUCUCAAGUCUUUGCGGAAACUUCUUCAUCUCACGUCCUCCUCCUCAAACCAGACCUCCGCAGACCUACAUUACGCCCUGCCACCUCAGUCCUCCUCUAAAGGCAGCAGUUUUGUGGAGUCUCGUGGUCACGGUGGCUCCAUGCAGCCCAAAAGCCGCCAGGCUGCGUAUCCGGGCUCUGGGCCCCUGGAGUCCACCUGGCACUCCACCGCUCUGGGUCGGCCUGAGGGAAACCCGUAUUCCGAACAGCUGACCUCCAAAUCAGGUCCCAAUGGCUUCAGUCGUCACUUUCGCUCACGUUUGCCAAACCUGAAUGACCUUAAAGAGACUGCGCUGUAAACCUGACACACAGCACCCUCUAAUGGACCUUUUCAUCUUAUACAUUAAAGGAACAGAUCACCCAAAAAUUAAACUUCUGUUCAAAUUUACUCCCCCUCAUGUCUUUGCAAACCAGUAUGAUUUUAUUUAUUCUGUGUAACACGAAUAACAAGACUGUUAGGUAGACUGUUAGCCUCAGUCACUCAGUCGACAGUGAAAGCGAAUGGUGACUGAAGCUUUCAUUCUGCCUAACAUCUCUGGUUUGGAUGUAAGAAAUUAAAGAGAGUAAAGAUAAUGACAGAAUUUUCUUUCUUGGUUGAAGUUUCCCUUUAAGGUUAGGCCUAUAUGUCUCAAUCUUUAUUUUUGUUGUUUGUAAGUUUUAAUAUUUAAUAGCUCUUCUUAUAUUAUUGUAUUUACUGUAUGUACAUUAUAGUUUUUUUUUGUUAUUGAAAACUACAGUCUUUAGAAGAAGAUUAUAUAUCUACAUGUACAUGUAAAUAUAUAAAUGUAUAGCACUGUAUGUGCAGGCUUUAGUUUAUACUCUGGUUGUAGUAUAUAUUAUCUGAUUCUUCAUAGUAACUCAUAUUUGGCUAAACGGUUCAAAGGAUUAAUGUAUAGAUGACAGUAUUUACAUUUAUAGCUAUAGAAUAAGACUACAGUUUAUUUUAUGACUUAUUUGAGUAAUUUCUGUUUACAAUGCUGUGGAAAUCAGUAGAUAUUAAGAAUAGUUAACAGUAAGAAUGCGCGCGUGUGUGUGUGUGUGUGUGUGUGUGUGCGCGCGGGAUUAUAUGUACGUGUGCUUCCCAGAUAGUGCACAUACGUUGCUGGGAUGUUUGCAAAAAAGUGGAUCAUCUGGAAAGCAUUGCAUUCUGUUUUAAAAUUUAUAUUUUAUCAAUUCAUAAAAGGUGCUGUAAACGGGGGGCCUGGGUAGCUCAGAGAGUAUUGACACUGACUAUCACCCCUGGAAUCGCUAGUUCGAAUUCAGGGCGUGCCGAGUGACUCCAGUCAGGUCUCCUAAGCAACCAAAUUGGCCCAGUUGCUAGGGAGGGUAGAGUCACAUGGGGGUAACCUCCUCAUGGUCGCUAUAAUGUGAUUCUCACUCUUGGUGGAGCAUGUGGUGAGUUGUGCGUGGAUGCUGUGGAGAAUAGCGUGAAGCCUCCACACGCACUAGGUCUCCACAGUAACGCGCUCAACAAGCCACAUGAUAAGAUGCGCGGAUUGACGGUCUCAGAUGCGGAGGCAAAUGAGAUCUGUCCUCCGCCGCCCGGAUUGAAUCACUACGCCACCACGAGGACUUAGUGCAUUGGGAAUUGGGCAUUCCAAAUUGGGGAGGGAAAAAAAGGUGCUGUAAGCUUUUUUUUUUAUUAUUGUUAAGUGAAAUUCAGAAAAUGUUCCAAUUUCCUGCUAGAUAUCACUGAAAAAGGUGCCACAAAAUAUCACACCAGUUGCUGUGACUGUAAACAGCGGGAAAAAAUGGAAUUGGUCUUUGGCCAGUAAUGAUGCCCGAUUCGUGAAUGAAUUCUUUAAAUGACUCGAUCGAAUCAAUUAAUUAAGCUUUGGUAGAUCACCCAACUGUUACCCAGAUAGCAAAAUAGCUUUGGGCCAAAUUUGGCAACAUAAGCAGUGAGUUUGGCCCACAUACCAUGUGGAAUUAUGGUCUAAGAUUUGCCCAAAAUUCACUUGCCAACCUAAACCAGACUCCCAACAGAAAACUCGACCACAACAUUCCUGUGUCCCAUUUUGCCAGAAAGCAGCCAUUAUUGGGCCACAACUACACCAGAAUGCUUCGAUGUCAGCUAGAUAACAGCCAUAACAUUACCAAGCCCCAUAUCUAAUGUAAUUUAUUUAUAUUUGAUCAAAUAAAUGGCAAAAAAGACAGAAAAGAAAAAUGAAACGGGAAACAUUUAUAUGAUUUAUAAUUAUACAAUAUAGUAAUAAACACUAUAUAAUCACAAUUGGCAGCACUAUUGUUAGUGAUGUUCUUAAAAAUUGUUGUUAACAGUAAUGUUGGAACAAUAAACUAUAUCGCUAUCUGCAUGACCUAAUAGGGAAAAUGCUGCAAAAAAUAGCAAUUUUAAUAAAACAUUUUAUAAGUUAAAUGCUAUGUGGAGACUUCACAGCACGCUUGAGAGAUGACUCGGUUGUGAAUUGAUUUUUGAGCCGGUUAAAUUAAACGAAUCAGCCUAACGAACCAAUUUGCAAAAAUGAGUGUGCAGAUUCACUGUUUAACCAAUCAGACAACUGUGAGGCGCUUUCUGUCUAUUAAAGGUAUAGUCAAAAAUCAUAAUUCUCUAAUCAUUUACUCACCCUCAUGUGAUGUGUAUGACUUUCUUCAGCAGGACACAAACAAAGAUUUUUAGAAGAAUAUUUAAGCACUGUAGGUCCUUACAAUGCAAGUGGAUGGUGAUUAGCAAUUUUAAGCGCCAAAAAGCACAGACAAUUGUAGUAAAAUAAUCCAUAUGACUCCAGUGUUUAAAUUAAUUUCUUCUAAAGCGAUACGAUCGCUGUGGGUGAGAAACUAUGGAGCUACUUUAAUGACAAAAAGAUUCCCACUACUUAGUAGGUCCUCAUGGUGGCGCAGUUACACUCCUCAAUCCGUGUGGCGGAGGACAAGUCUCAGUUGCCUCCACUUCUGAGACCGUCAGUCCGUGCAUCUGAUCACGUGAUUCGUUGUGUAUGACUCUGUGGAGACUCACAGCAUGUGGAGGCUCAUGCUACGCUCUGUGAUCCACGCACAUCUCACCACAUGCCCCAUUGAGCGAGAACCACUAAUCGUGACCACAAGGAAGUUACCCCAUGUGACUCUACUCUCCCUAGCAACUGGACCAAUUUGGUUGCUUAGGAGUCACUCAGCACGUCCUGGAUUCGAACUCACAACUCCAGAGGUGGUAAUCAGCGUCAAUAUUUCUGAGCUACCCAUAGCCAUAUUUUAUGCCUCUUUAAUGUUUUUUAUUCGUGUUUUUUUUCUGUCAAAAUGACGGUCAGCAUUUGCAAUUAUCCGUCAAUGUUUUAACAAAGAGCUCCGUUCUCUAUGCUGUGUUUGAAAUAACAUCUGAUUGCGAUCUGAUGUGGAUCUUGAUCACAGAAUGAGGCAGAAAUAUAUCAUUUAUAGUUUCACAUGCGAUGCUAAAUGCUACGCAUGCUAACCAUUUCUUUAAUAAAUAUACUUUAUUCUAAUAAAAAUACCAGAGACCGCUUUAAGAAAAUAGAUAAAUGUCUCACGCAAGGAGAACGCUAACCUAUAAAUAUUAAAUUUGAGAUUUCCUUACCUCUGUGCGCUUCAGCUUCCUUUCGAAUGGUGACCUCUUGCAGCCCCAACCACGCCAGAAACCUGUAGUAGCUCUGUGAUUGGCUAAAAUCUUCUUGUCAUUAAUCUAGCUCUAUAAGAAUAAGAUCAAUAUUUAAGCUCUUUUCCCUAUUAUUGUUUACUUCCGGUCGCUCUCAGAGGCCUGUCCAAAACGGGACUCGGUUACAUCCGCCUCUAGCGUGGCAUAAGCGUGCUGGCAUGUUCAAAUGAAAGCAAAACCAUUGAAGGUUGUGAACAGCGUUCUCUUGCAAACAAACCGAGCUGCAUUUCCGAUUGUAUCUUGUCAGUUCACUCGUGAACAUGCCAGCAUGCUUGUGUUACGCGAGAGGCGGAGGGAACUGAGUCCCGUUGUGGGCAGUCAUCAUAGAGCGACCGGAAGUAAACAAUAAUAGUGAAAAGGACUUAAAUAUUGAUCUGUUACUCACCCAAAGCAAUCAUAGCUCUUUAGAAGACAUUAAUUUAACACUGGAGUCGUAUGGAUUACUUUUACAACAUUUGUUUGUGCUUUUGGAGCUUGAAAUUGCUAAUCACCAUCCACUUACAUUGUAUGGACCCACAGAGCUGAGAUAUUCUUCUAGAAAUCUUCGUGUUCAGCAUAAGAAAGAAAGUCAUAUACAUCUGGGAUGACAGGAGGGUGAGUAAAUGAUGGGAGAAUUUUCAUUUUUGGGUGAACUGUCCCUUUAAACAUUCACGUCAG